AUGAAGAAUUCUGGCGAGUCUUCGCGCGCUGCGGACUGCGUGUCAGACGAGGGGACAGGGUGUGCUGCGGCGGCAUCUCGCGGCGAGGCAGGCGGUUUCUGCUCGGACGCGUUUCCGGUCAUUUCGAGCUCAGAUGCAGGCGACGCCUUGCUGGGAUGCCAGGCAGCCAAGGAUCUCGUUCAGGCGCUUCUGUGGAUGAAGAAAACUCACAACGUUUCCACUGUCUCGAUCUACGCGCAAGGCGUCUCGGCCAUGGGCACCAUGCUCUUGGUGAGGCUGGUAGAUCUGAACAGAGAGAGAGAAGAAAACAGUGGAGACAUGAGGACAGAGACAGGUGGGGAGAGGCGCAGCAAGAGAGACAGAUGA